UGUUGGUCUCUGCUCAGUUUUACAGUUUAAAACAUUGCUUAUUACCAUAAUGUGCGAGUUUAUGGACGAUAUAGCGAAAUUUACGUAGAGUCAACAAGCGCUCAAUACGGAGUUGGUUUAGCUUCAUUUUUCGUCACAGUCUUUGAACUAAUUAAUUGAAAAUGUAAUUAAAAUUCAUAAACGUUGACUCAUGUCUAUUUGGAAAUCUACACGGCUGGAUGAUCAUUCGGUACUUUUUAUUGAUUAACUUUGGUGUACAUUUUUCUUAAUACUUUCGAUUUCGGACGAAAUCUUUAUAACCAAGUCAACGAAGUUUUAAUUAAGCUAUUUAACAACGCACUGCUAGACAUAUUAAAGUCGACGAUUGCCUUUUAAGGUAAUGGAGGAGUCAAAAAUAUACCUGAUCGAAAUCGUCUUCGAUAAUGCCAUAAAAGGGGUGACCUCGUCCAAGAUGAAGGGCGAUGCGAAGAAGGCUCUAAAAUAUUGGAAAUCAUUCUUGAAAUAUAUCACGGAGCUAGAGACAAAUAAUAUAAGUCCCAACGACGAGAAGAAGCGAAUGACAAAGGACAAUCUUGAGGAAGAACAUGGAAAGUUAGACGGACAACAACAACAACAGCAUACUGACAAAAGCCAAAAGACGGACGAUGAUGAAACAAAUGAAGGCACAAAAGCAGGAACUCCAAAUCGGAGCUACAACUUGGGAAGGGAUAAUUGCAAUCUCAAAUUGGAAAACGAAUCAAUGAAACGACAAAGACCCGAAACUCCUAAUUUGAUGAAGAAAUUGCGUAAAGAAAAUGACAAGCUAAAAGAAGACGUGGAAACAUAUAAACUCAGCAUUUCAGAACUAGAAACAAGGUUAAGUUCCAUACUAGGUUCUCAAUUGACUGCAGGUAACCCGAACAUAGCCGACUUGAGCGACCCAUAUCGUCCCACACUGUUGGGCGAGCAGUUUCGAAGCCUGUAUGACAACGAACUGACUGACCUUCUGGCGUAUAUGGAGAAACAUGAUCUGAAGGAACCAGAGAGCAUUGCAAUUAUGUGUGAUAUAAUACAGAAUAUUGAUGAAUUCUGUUUGAAAGCUAACAACCAACAAGUCAGAAAACUGUUUGAGAUGGUUGUUGACGAAGUAAGAAAUCCAGAAGUAAAACAGCAACGAAAUAUGACUUGCGUGAAAUAUACUGCCCAAAACUCAGUGGAACUAAACGCAUUGCAAGAGAAGACUGUCGAGAGAUUCGUUCUGGACUUACACAAGGCACUCUCCAGUGUGUCUUGUGUAUCGCUUAACCAGAUUUUCGACACUUAUUUUAUGAAAGAAUUUCGAACGAAACAUGGGCAGCUGACAGACCAAUGCAAAGAGCUUAAUGAAUUUGUUUCGAAAGCCAUCCAGCUAUUGUGGAUGAUGAAAGGACAUCUUCCUCCCGUGGUUUUAAAGUGGUGUCAGCCCGAUGAACCAUUUGACAAAGUGUAUUUUUCUUUCUACACAAGUACAGGCGAGAAAGUCUCGCAGUGUAUUUGGCCAGCAGUCCUCUUACAUAAAGAUGGGCCAUUGAUAGCUCGCGGUAUCGCACAGGGAAAGUGAAUGAUAUCAUGAAGCCUGGAAGUAAAAGACACCCUAUUCGUGUGCAUGCAUAUGUUUUUAUUUUUACGUUACCCGUAUACUCAAACACUUAUAUAUUCUGUAUAACUAUAUUGUCAUAGUACAAGUUAUUAAAUACAAUUUUCAUUCCGU